AGGCCAUCUCGGCCGCUGGUACCUCAUUCCGCAUAUUACUUUGGUCCACCUCCAAUAGACUCCGCCUACGGUACUGACCCAGUGGGGCAUAUCGGAGUUCACCAUCCUCGCGAGAUUAUCAGGAUAGAACGGGACUUCGCGAGUGGAGAGCUCGCACAGUUUGCGGCAACAUAUCCACUGGAACUCGAAGGCCGGAUAACCCCAACGCAGUUUUUGGAAACCAUAAAUACAAUCAACGAACAUCUCAUAGAAGCACACAGUCUUCGAUAUUCAUUCAUUGACAGCGCGCUCGCCAUCUUUACUCUGCAGCUAUCGAGGCUAGUUCUCAGCUCGCAUUACGAGAAGGAGAUGCAAAAGCUUCAGCAAGCAAUAGGCGAGCUGAAUGCCAAAGUGUAUAACCCUGUGGGCCUAAACAUACUCUGGCCGAGGAAGAUGGCGUUUAUGUUCGUAAGUACUCGAUGUUCUCCUUUGAUUUCAGAAUACUGCUGA